GGGGCGGAGCCGAGCGGCGGGGGCGGUGCUGGCGAGCGCGGGGCCUGGGGCCGAGGCGGCGCGCGGCGCUGACAGCAAGUCGGUCGCGGCCUCCGGCCCCCUCGGCACCCGGCGCCGACCCGGCCGGGCCCGGAGCCAUGAGCCCGGGGCUGCUGCUCCUCGGCAGCGCCGUCCUGCUCGCCUUCGGCCUCUGCUGCACCUUCGUGCAUCGCGCUCGCAGCCGCUAUGAGCACAUCCCCGGGCCGCCGCGGCCCAGCUUCCUUCUUGGACAUCUCCCCUAUUUUUGGAAAAAGGAUGAAGCUUGUGGCCGUGUGCUCCAAGAUGUGUUUUUGGAUUGGGCAAAGAAGUAUGGUCCUGUUGUGAGAGUCAAUGUCUUCCACAAAACCUCAGUCAUCGUCACGAGCCCUGAAUCAGUCAAGAAGUUCCUGAUGUCUACCAAGUACAACAAGGACUCCAAGAUGUACCGGGCGAUUCAGACUGUGUUUGGGGAGAGACUGUUUGGCCAGGGCUUGGUGUCUGAAUGUGACUAUGGGCGCUGGUACAAGCAGAGAAGAGUCAUGGACUUGGCCUUCAGCCGCAGCUCCUUGGUUAGUCUGAUGGAGACGUUCAACGAGAAGGCGGAGCAGCUGGUGGAAAUCUUAGAAGCCAAGGCCGACGGGCAGACUCCGGUGUCCAUGCAGGACAUGCUGACCUGUGCCACCAUCGAUAUUCUCGCCAAGGCAGCUUUUGGGAUGGAGACCAGCAUGCUCCUGGGUGCCCAGAAACCCCUGUCCCAGGCAGUGAAGGUCAUGCUGGAGGGUAUCAGUGCGUCCCGUAACACCCUGGCGAAGUUCAUGCCUGGGAAGAGAAAGCAGCUGCGGGAGAUCCGAGAGAGCAUCCGUCUGCUGCGCCAGGUGGGGAAGGAUUGGGUGCAGCGCCGCCGAGAGGCCCUGAAGAGGGGUGAGGACGUGCCUGCCGACAUCCUCACGCAGAUUCUCAAAGCUGAAGAGGGAGCUCAGGACGACCAGGUCCUGCUGGACAACUUUGUUACCUUCUUCAUAGCGGGUCAUGAGACUUCUGCCAACCACCUGGCAUUCACGGUGAUGGAGCUAUCUCGCCAGCCAGAGAUCGUGGCAAGGCUGCAAGCCGAGGUGGAUGAAGUUGUCGGUUCCAAGAGGCACCUGGACUAUGAGGAUCUGGGAAGAUUGCAGUACCUGUCCCAGGUCCUCAAAGAGUCUCUGAGGCUGUACCCACCGGCCUGGGGCACCUUUCGCCUGCUGGAGGAGGAGACCUUGAUCGAUGGGGUCAGAGUCCCCGGGAACACUCCUCUCCUGUUCAGCACCUAUGUCAUGGGGAGGAUGGACACCUACUUUGAAGAUCCACUGACAUUCAACCCCGACCGCUUCAGCCCUGGAGCGCCCAAGCCACGAUUCACCUACUUCCCCUUCUCCCUCGGUCACCGCUCAUGCAUUGGGCAGCAGUUUGCUCAGAUGGAGGUGAAGGUCGUCAUGGCCAAGCUGCUUCAGAGGCUUGAGUUCCGGCUAGUGCCUGGGCAACGCUUUGGGCUGCAAGAGCAGGCUACCCUCAAGCCACUGGACCCAGUGCUGUGCACCCUGAGGCCCCGGGGCUGGCAGCCUGCACCCCCACCCCCACCCUGCUGAGCCCAGGUAGACUCAGACUCCUCGGGCCAGGGCCUCACUGGCCCCCAUUGUUGCCCAUGGCCACUCACUGGCACCCCUGACCCUUUUUCGCCGCCUUCCAUGAUGGCGCCUGGCGGGCCCUGUACCCUCACCUGCUUCACACCCCCAGUGCUUCCUGCCAUCUGCUGGUUUUUCAGCCCUUUCUGGUGGGCUCGCCUGACUCCCAGCUACUGCCACCACCCACCAUCGUCUCUCCUGAACCUCUGAACUUCUGCACUGGCCACAUCCUCAAAAGAGACACCCUAACUCUUGCUCACUCCCUAAAAAUCUUCAAGUGACACAUCCCCCAGGAAGCCCUCCUUGCUACCCAUGGCCGGGCCAGGGUCCCUCCUCUGUGCUCCCUCAGUCACUUGUGCUACCUCUAACACACUGACCACACUGUAUUGUGAAUGUCUGCUCAUGUGACCAGCUGCCCUGCCAGGCUGUGAGUGCCACGGGGCAGGGUCUGUGUGCACUUUGCCUCUGAGGCCCCUGUUGCUAACUAGGGUCUGGAACCGAGUUGAUGCCCAAUAAAUGUGUGUUGAC